AUGCCAUCUCGUGUAGAUUAUGAUCUGAGGAAUCGUAGGAUAGAUGAGAAGGAAAGUAAAAUAGAAGAAAUUUUGUUGACUGGCUCUAAUGGUGAUAAUGAUGAUGAUGCUAUGGAACAUAAGGAUAAUGAUAUCGUCAUCAUCAAACUGGAGGCUUGCAUCAUUGACUCAUUCGUUGAUGGAGAAGGUGAUGGAGCUGUGAUAGUAGCUGUUAUUGAUUCUGGUAUUGAUUACACUCAUCCUGAUCUAGUUGAUAAUAUAUGGAUUAAUAAAGACGAGAUACCUGGUAGUGAUAAUAUUGAUAAUGAUGCUAAUGGGUUUAUUGAUGAUAUAUAUGGAUGGAAUUUUGUACAUAACACCAAUAACAUUAUGGACGAUAAUGGGCAUGGUACACAUAUAGGAGGUAUUAUUGGUGCAAAGGGGUCUAAUAAUAUUGGUGCUACUGGUAUUGCUUGGGAUGUUGCUAUAAUGCCAUUGAAGUUCCUAAAUGCAGAUGGAAUUGGUAGAGUAUCAGAUGCAAUGAGAGCACUCGAUUAUGCUAUACAAAUGGGAGCAACAAUAUCACAGAACUCAUGGACAUGUCAUAAAUGUGAUGAUACUACUACUACUAACUAUAAUGCAAUAAAGAUGGCAAUACAGAAAGCAGGCAAUGCUCAUGGAUCAAUUAAUUUUUAUGCAACACCAGUUGAUAUUAAGAAUGCAAUAAUGAACUCAGUGGAUACCGAUCCAAACCUAGAAAUGAAGUGUCUCUCGAGUGGUAUAUUAAAUGCAUAUAGAGCAUUAAAUACUGUCAUACACAACAACAACAAGAACAAGAAGAAGAAGAACGAUCAUCUUCACAAAUCAAAGACAUCAUCAUCAGUAAUUAACAUCAUCAUCUCCACCACCACCACCAUGAACGAUGAUUAUAUCUGUGGUGAUGCUUUCUGCAAUAAGUACGUGGGGUCGGUGAUGACAGUCUCCGACGAGUAG